AUGUGGUUUAAAAAAUUUACAACAGAAAAAGAAACCGCUCCAACAAAUAAUGACAAUGAUCAAAAUUUAGAUCAAGAAGUUGAUUACACAGAUAAGGAAGAUGUUGUAGUUGAUGAAAAGGAAAAUGAACAAGGUGACACCAUUGAUAAUGGUGAAAAUAUUAAUGAUAGUAAACAUGACAAUGGUGAGGAGCAAGAAGAUGAACAAGAACUUGAUCAAAAUGAAGUGAAUGAAAAAAUCCAAAGUAUUAUUAAUGAUCUUUCAUCAGAUGAAGAAGAAGGGGAAGUUGUUGAAGAUGAAAUUCCAUAUGAACGUGUUCAGGAAAAAAAUGAAAAAAGUAAAGAAAUUAUUUUAUUAAAUUAUUAUUCAGAAAUUUCAGAAAAUAAAUUAAAUACAUUAUUAAAUAUUUUUGGUAAUGUUAAAAAUAUUUAUACAGAUGAUAAUGAAUGUACUCAUAUUAUUUUUCAUUCUAUAAAAAGUGCAAUUAAUGCAAAAAAAUAUAUCGAUAAUUUAAAAAUAAAAAGUAGAAGAGUACAAGUUAUUUAUGGAAAACAUACAGAUGAUUCAUCUAAUAAGUUAGGACAAAAAGGUGACAUAAAUGAAAAUGAUGAAAUAAAUAAAGCGGGUUAUGAUUAUGCAUAUGAUAAAUUUUCAAAAGGUCCAGUAAAAUUAUAUAAGAAUAAAAAUUUUUAUUCUACUAAUAUUUCUGACCAUGUUCAGAAAAAUAAUAAAUAUCCAGGUUACAAAAAUUAUAUAAAUGAUAAUCAAAUUCAUAUAAAAAAUAUGUCUUACAUUAGAGGAGAUAAUUUUACAUCACCUGAUAAAAAUAUUUUACUUCCUAACUCAAAAAAUCAUGCCCAUAUGAGUACUCAUCGAUCUAGAAAUAAUUAUGAUCAAAGUUCAUAUAAUAAUAAUAUAAAUUCUGAACAUGUUAAUAAUAAAGGAGAUGCAUAUCCACCCCCUCCUCCUCCUCCUUCUUUCUUCUCAUAUAAUGAUAAUAAUGCAAACAAUAUGCAACAUAUAAAUAAUCCAAAUUAUAGUCUUUAUAACUCUAGUAAUCAUAAAGUAAAUACAAAUUUCGAUACAUUUUCUACACAUCCAAUAUAUAUAAAUAAUGAAAAUGCAUCAAACAUAUAUGAUAACGAAUAUGAUGAUAACUAUAUAAAUAAUAUAAGAUCAAAUAAAUAUAAAACUGAUUUAAAACCUAAUAAUAAAUAUGAUUCUGUAGGGAAAGGAUUAUAUAAUAAAGUUGUACCACCACCUCCAUACUUAAACAAAGAUGAUAAAAAAAAACUUUACAAAAAUAAUUUAAACUCACCAAAUAAAAAAUUUACACAUAUAGAUCAUUCAACUUAUAUUCAAAAUUAUUCGCAUAUAGACUUUGAUACAUUUAAUAAUGGUCAUAUAAAUAAUAAUUUCUAUCUAAAAAAUAAAGAUAAUUAUAUCGAUCAUAAUAAUAGAAAUAAAAAAUAUCCAUGGAAAAACAAUUUUAAUGAUAAAGAUUUUAAUGAAUUCAAAUUUGAUGAGGAUAUACAAGAAGAUUAUCAAUUUGAUGAAGAAAAUCCUUUUAAUAUAAAUUCAGAAAAUGUUAUGAUUGAUAAUCCAACUUGGCUAGUUAGAAAAAAUACACCUGCUAUAAUAUGGGAUCAAUCUGCAUCUAUAAAAGAUAAUCAUAUAAAUUAUGUUAAUUCAUUUAUAAUAGAAAAACUUCACAACAGAUACUUACUCAUAACGAAUAUCCCACCAGAUCUCAAUGAAAAUAAUAAAUUAAAAAAUUAUGUUAAUGAAUUAUUAUCAGUUGACAAUAAACAAGAAGCUUGUAUAGAGGCUUCUAUAUUUACUGCAAGCCAAGAUGAUGAGCCAAAUUUUUUCAAAAAAAAUGACAAAGAAGAACCUACUUCGGGCGAGCCAAAGGAGGUCGCAGAACCACAAGAUGUAACAGAAGCAGCAGAAACUGCAGAAGCAAAGCCCAAAAAAGGGAAAGCCACAAAAGGAAGACCAAAGCGAGGAAAGAAAGCUGCUGAAACUGAGGAAGUUGAAAAGGCUGAUGAAACAAAUGAAAACAAUAAGAUGUAUGCACAUCUAACAUUCAAAACUAUAAAAAAUGCAGUAGAUGCAAAAAAAGAAUUAGAAGAAAAAUCAUUUAAAGUAACAUUCUCAUCACCAAAUAAAGCUAAUAAUUGCCUAUGGGUUGGGAAUGUUAUGAAAAAUUAUUAUAUGCGGACAUAUAGUAUAUUAAAAACAAUGCUUAAAGAGUUUGGAGAAAUAAUUAAUAUAAAAUUUGUAAUUGAAAAAAAUUGUUUAUUUUUACAAUAUAAAGAAGUUGAAUUUGCAAUUAAAGCUAGAAAUCAUUUAUAUGGUAUACAAUUAUCUAACAAUAUAUUUUUAAAUAUCGAUUUUUCCACUUUAGGAGAAUGGGAAGGGAAACAAAAAUCGAGUUUUGCAAAAAAAAAAUUAUUAGAUUUAUUAUUAUAUGAUAAUAAUUUUUUAGAAUAUAAAUUGGAAAAAAAAUAUAGUGAAAAAAAUAUGAGUUUUUUUUGUGAUUCAAGCAUUAUGAAAAUAUUGCAAAAAAAUAUGCCACAAACUAAUUCUAUUUCAGGAGAUAGAUAUAAAAUGUUUAAAAAUAAUUCAUUGUUAUAUAAUAAAAAUAAAUUCGAUUCACUUUAUAAAGACAAAAUGGGAAAAAGAAUUACAACUAAUAGACUUUUAGAUAAAAAAAAUAAUAUAACAUAUAAAAAAUCAAUUUUAAAUAAUAAAACAAAUAGUAUAUAUGAUAAAAAUACAAAAAAAGAUGCAAGAAAAUUAUAUAAAAGAAAAAUUGAUGAAUCAGAAAAUAAUAGUAAUGAAUAUCGUGAUCGUAAAAAAAAACGCAAUAUAAAAGAUGAUGAUAAUUCUAAUAGUCUAUAUAAAAAAAAAAAUAAAAAUAAUUCACAAACUGAUGAUACACAAAAUCAAAUCUUAUUUAAUUGUGAUGACAUUGAUAAUGUUCAAGAAUCAAAUGAAAAUAUUAUUUCUUUUUAUGUCAAUCAAAAAUAUAAAUGUGAUUUCAAUGUCAGUCUUUUCGAAGGGAAUCCCAAACUAUCCAUCUACUCCAAACUUAAUGUUGAAACUAAAAGUGAUAUCAAAAACUUAAAGCACAUCCAGACAACAUCCUCUGAUCAUGCAAUAUGGAAAAUUCACCCUACUGAAACUCAAAAAAAGAAGUUUUAUCAUAUUUGUGAUCAUUUUAAUAAGAAAAAAAACAUUCCAGUUGUUUUGACAAAAGAACGUAUGAUCUUUAUUGUUCCGCCCAAGGAUGAGUAUUUAGCAGAUCUCGGGGUUGAAAACUUAGAUGGAAUGUACGCCUACGUCUUUGAGGCAAAAAAAUAA